ACUCCUGAAUGUUUGCAGAAUGUCAAUAGUAAACCAUGGAGUUGGAGCUGAGGGACUGCUGGCUGCUCAAAGUGUGCUUGGUAGCUCUGCGGACGAGUUCGGGAACGACGGCAGAAUUGAACAGCUUUGGGCCAUGAAGGCUAUGGACCACGCCGAGGUUUAUUUUAACCUUCUCUGUUCUGUUGAACCGUCCAGGCUUAAACUAACAGGAUCCCAGGAGAGUGAUGAUGCAAUAUAUAGAGAGUUCCGGGAUACAUUCCCAAACCUUAGCUUGGUAAAACUCACGGAGGCUGAUCUGAAGUCGGAGGACGCCAAGGCCGUGUGGAGGUUGUUUGCAGACAAUCAUCAUCAUAUUGAGGAUUUUAGUCUGGGAGCUCUCCUCCGGCUAGAUGCCUCCGAGGACUACUCCGAAAGCAAUACUAUAAUCUCAAUUAAAAUCCAGUUCCUUGCUAUAGAGAUAGCGCGCAACCGGGAGGGAUUGAAUGAUGGGAUCCGAGGAAAAUUUAAACCCGUUGAACGGAAAGCUCGCGCGAAAACAUCCGAGUUACCAGGGACGACCCGAGGCGGAGCAGUGAUGUCUGAGAUAGAACACGAGCUCCAGCAGAUUAUUGGUGGUCAACAUCAUCUCAUGAGCUGAUGCGUCCAUUGAUCAACCUUCUGUUCUAUUUUCUUGAUAUUUUUCUCGUUUUUUCAGAAAA